AGGAAAUGUUUGGCACUCAUUCUGCUCUGUGGUGGUCUCCAAAUGGCAGUUUUUUGGCGUUUGCAGAGAUUAAUGACACGGAGGUUCCUGUUAUGGAGUAUUCGUUUUAUUCAGAAGAUACACUGCAAUAUCCAAAGACCAUUAAAAUCCCAUAUCCUAAGGCAGGUGCUAGAAAUCCAACAAUAAGACUAUUUGUUUUGGAUAUUCUAUCCCUUUCCUUAAAAAAUAUCUCGGAAAUUGUUGCACCAUCUAGUAUAAUAUCAGGGGACCACUACUUGAGUGCUGUAACGUGGGUGACUGAUGAAAGAAUUUGCGUGCAGUGGCUGAGAAGGAUUCAAAACUUUUCUGUGCUCACCAUCUGUGACUAUAGCAGCGCAUGGCACUGCCCAAAGGAAAGGGAGCAUCUUGAAGAAAGUAAAACUGGCUGGGUUGGCAGAUUUCAGCCAUCUGAACCUUACUUUACUUCUGAUAAAAUCAGCUACUACAGAAUUAUCAGUGAUUCAGAAGGAUAUAAACAUAUUCACUACACUGAUAGCGCAGGAAAAGUUAAACCUAUUACAAGUGGAAAAUGGGAAGUAAUCAGUAUAGCUGCCGUAACAAAUAACAGCCUAUACUUUAUUAGUAAUGAAUUUGAAGGUAGACCAGGAGGAAGACAUCUUUAUAAAGUGGACUUAAAAAAUGACCUGAAAAAAAUAUGUAUCACUUGUAAUUCAAAGGAGGAAGCAUGUCAGUAUUUCUCUGUAUCCUUCAGCACAGAUUCAAGAUAUUAUAAAUUGAAUUGUUACGGUCCUGACCUGCCCUACUUCACCUUGCAAAACAGCAUUACAGACAAAGCUAUUAAGACCCUAGAAGAUAACGACAAGUUGAAAAAUGUAUUGAAAGACAUUCAGAUGCCCUGCAAAAGACUGAGAAAUAUUACUCUGCAUGGACAAACAUACUGGUAUCAGAUGAUAUUGCCUCCUAAUUUUGAUGAGUCCAAAAAGUAUCCCUUGCUCAUUGAUGUGUAUGCAGGGCCUUGUAGUCAGAAAGCAGAUGCUGCCUUCCGGAUCAACUGGUCUACGUAUCUGGCAAGCUCCGAAGGGAUUAUUGUGGCGAGCUUCGAUGGUAGGGGAAGCGGCUUCCAAGGAGAUAAAAUUUUGCAUGCGAUAUACCGAAGACUGGGAACCUAUGAAGUCGAAGAUCAGAUCUCAGCAGCCAAGCUAUUUUCUGAAAUGAGCUUUGUUGAUAAGGAUAGAAUAGCUAUUUGGGGCUGGUCUUACGGAGGUUAUGUAACUUCCAUGGUCCUCGGAGCUGGAAGUGGUGUGUUCAAGUGUGGAAUAGCUGUGGCACCUGUCUCACGCUGGCAAUAUUAUGAUUCUAUAUAUACUGAACGCUACAUGGGUUUGCCUGAAAAAAACGAUAACCUGAAUUUCUAUGAGAACUCUACAGUUAUGGCUAGAGCAGAAAACUUCCGGACAGUCAGCUAUCUAUUGAUCCAUGGAACAGCAGAUGAUAAUGUUCAUUUUCAGCAAGCAGCCCAGAUUUCAAAAGCUCUGGUUGAUGCCGAGGUGGAUUUCCAAGCAAUGUGGUAUACAGAUAAAGAUCAUGGAAUUGGAGGACAUGCCCACAGCCAUAUCUACCAACACAUGAGUCAUUUUAUGAAACAGUGUUUUAAAUUGCCAUAAUAUUGGGAGUGCCUUAUCUGUGUGAAGCUGUUCAACUUCUGAAGUCUUAAGAGCACUUUUCUAGUAAAUUGUCCCAUAUUUCAUUGGA